UUCUCCUUCUGCAGCUACCCCUUCCUGCUGGAUGCGCGAGCCAAGUCGCACCUGCUGCACCUGGAAGCCAGGUUCAGAAUGGAGCAGGUGCGUCUUCCCCGCCCCUCGGAGUGCGCCAUGCCCGGCGUGCACAGCGACAUGUGUAUUGUACGAGUACGGCGGACACACCUUGUGGAGGACGCGCUGGAGGAGCUCGGCAGACAGGUCAAGAGCGACCUGCUCAAACCCCUGAGGGUGCACUUCAUCGGUGAGGAAGGUAUAGACGCAGGGGGUGUCAAGAAAGAGUUCUUUGCGCUGCUGAUGGAGCGGCUGCUCCGCCCGGAUUACGGCAUGAUGCUGUACGACGAGACAAGCCGUACAUACUGGUUCAAUCCGGCUUCCCUGGAGCCCCCCGACAGCUACUUCCUGUUGGGCCUUGUGUUGGGUUUGGCGGUGUACAACAGGGUGCUGCUGGCCUUCCCCGCCCCCCUGCUGCUAUAUCAAAAACUCAGGGGGGCCAGGGAGCCGGGGUUGCGGGAUCUGGAGACCUGGCAGCCGGAGCUGGCCCGCGGGCUGAAGCAGCUUCUGGAGUACAACGGUCCCGAGCCCGUAUCGGAGGUAUUCGGUUUGACCUUCUCCGUGGACGUUGACCGUUUCGGUCACAAGGAGACGGUGCCGUUGAAACCAGGAGGGGAGGUGAUUGCGGUGACGGAGACCAACCGUGCCGAGUACGUGGCCUUGCUGGCGAGCUGGUACCUGGGGGGGGCAGUGGCGAGCCAGUUCGAGGCCUUCGCUGCGGGCUUCAGAACGGUGUGUGCCGGACCCACCUUGGUGCUGUUCAAUGCACAGGAGCUGGAGCGGUUGGUGUGUGGCAGUCCCCGUCUGGACUUCGCGGCCCUCCGUGACUCCGCCCGCUACGAGGGGGGCUACGGGCGGGACAGCCGGGUGGUCGGCUGGCUGUGGGAGGUGGUGCUGCAGGAGCUUAGUGAGGAGCGCGCCUUCCUCAAGUUCUUCACCGGCAGCGACCGCAGUCCGCAAGGGGGCCUCGGCUCUCUGCGACCCGUCAUACAGCGGGACGGCCCUGACUCCCACAAACUGCCCACUGCUCACACUUGCUUCAACACGCUGCUACUGCCCGAAUACGGCAGUCCUACCAAACUGGCGGCGCUACUGCGCCUGGCCAUCAACAACUCCGAGGGCUUUGGGUUGCAGUAG